UACCAUUCUUUCUGCUGUCGUUCUUCUCUUCGUAACCACCACCAACAGAGGAGUAAAUGUUUUUUCUUAAGUUUUGCUCCUUCGCCUAAAAGUAUCAUAAGAACGUUCUUACCGAUGGAUAUCUCUGCUAUGGAGCUUCAGGAGUUUUACCACGGCGCGGCCUGCCAACUCGAGUCGAAGCGUAGUUCCUUAUUCGAGGCCGGACAGAUUUGGGACGUCGGUGCUGCAGUGCUAGGAGGCUUUGUUCCCGGGGUCGUCUUGGUAAAAUGCGUAGCCGUCGCCGGAGCGCUCACAUUCUCGUCAUGGUGUGCCGCGAUUGUAGUUACAGCGGCUGCACUCCAACGGAUACACAGCUCUACUAUGCCAGACGACAUGGAUAACUUCUCACGCUGAGAAUUGUUGUCAGAUUCCGCUCACGGGGAGAGACAGAAACUCCCACAACUGAUUUUUUAUACUUGACGGGGUACCAACUCCCUGCACUGACCUAUUAACGUCCACUAACAGAUACUGACCUCCUGAGAUGCUAUCUCAUCGAAGCCGCUGGAGCAAUGGCAUUGCUCCGAAAGCAAUGAAUUCUUGUGUCACAUGGGUGAACUGUGAUGUGUCACGGCACCUUGUAUGCAUGACAGCAUCAAACAGGUCCUCACAUAGUGCCCCUGUAAUUUGAUUAUCAACAAGUUGAUAAUGACGCCGGCCAUAUGUUUGAAAGUCAUGUACCACAACGGGUUAUAGUUUUCGAAGCUCAUGCAA